AAUCGAAAAAGCGUAACAAUGGUGGCUGUACGAAGAAGAAGAACCCAGGCGUCAAACCCAAGAUCCGAACCGCCGCAACAAAUGGCGGAUGAUUCCGAUUCCGAUUCCGAUUGGGAUACAGUCUGCGAAGAAUGCAGCUCCGGGAAACAACCCGCGAAGCUGCUUCUUUGCGACAAAUGCGAUAAAGGGUUUCAUCUAUUUUGUCUCAGACCAAUCCUCGUUUCAGUUCCCAAAGGCUCCUGGUUCUGCCCUUCUUGUUCUAAACACCAGAUCCCCAAAUCUUUCCCGCUUGUUCAGACUAAAAUUAUAGAUUUUUUCCGGAUUAAGCGAUCUCCAGAUUCAUCUCAAAUCUCAGCUUCUUCAGAUAGUAUUGGAAAGAAACGGAAAAAGACAAGCUUGGUGAUGUCAAAGAAGAAGAGGAGGCUUCUUCCUUACAAUCCUACCAAUGAUCCUCAAAGGAGACUCGAGCAAAUGGCGUCUCUUGCUACUGCGUUGAGAGCCUCAAACACCAAAUUCAGCAAUGCGCUUACUUAUGUAUCUGGCAAGGCUCCAAGAUCUGCAAACCAAGCUGCUUUUGAGAAAGGAGGCAUGCAGGUUCUAUCUAAAGAUGGUGUAGAGACCUUAGCUUUGUGCAAGAAUAUGAUGGACCGUGGUGAAUGCCCGCCUCUGAUGGUCGUCUUCGAUCCUUAUGAAGGGUUCACGGUAGAAGCAGACAGGCUCAUAAAAGACUGGACCAUAAUCACAGAGUAUGUUGGAGAUGUUGAUUUUCUAAGCAAUAGAGAAGAUGACUACGAUGGAGACAGCAUGAUGACUCUACUUCAUGCCUCUGAUCCUUCUCAAUGCCUUGUUAUUUGCCCUGACAAACGUAGUAACAUUGCACGGUUCAUCAGCGGCAUCAACAAUCACUCACCAGAAGGGAGGAAAAAGCAGAACCUGAAGUGUGUGAGGUUCAACAUCAACGGAGAAGCUAGAGUUCUACUUGUAGCUAACAGAGACAUAUCGAAAGGAGAGAGAUUGUAUUAUGAUUACAACGGAUAUGAACAUGAGUAUCCAACUGAACAUUUUGUAUAACCAUCCCUGUGAAAUACACAAGAAAAAGUCAUUGAACCUGUUCAACAAGAUCAGUUUAUAAACAACACAAAACAAUGUGUCUAUAUAAAGUUUUUGUCUUUCCCA